UACAACUAAAAACUUUUCAAACAGGGAGCAGGUUUUAGACGAGGAUACAAAGUUCAAACUCAAAGUGCUCCUCCUCUUCCUGGAAUGACUCAGAGCUUGAUGAGCCCUCCCUCCUCUUCCUGCUCUCACACACACAGCCAGCUCCACUCUGUCCACACAUUUCCUUGUUCCCUCCCCUUCAGAUCUACAGUGUGUAACCAACACGGUGGUGACGUGAGAGAGCUGACAGGCUCCAUUCACUGCAGGAACACAUGUUGGUUAGAUCAGAGCUCAAACUAGUUGUUGACACUGAGAGGUGAAAUGGCGCAGAAAGGAGUUGAGCUGGACCGAGAAACCUUCUCUUGUUCCAUCUGUCUGGAUCUACUGAAGGAUCCGGGGACUCUUCACUGUGGACACAGCUACUGCAUCAACUGUAUUCAAAGCUUCUGGGAUGGAGAGGAUGAGAAGAGAAUCUACAGCUGCCCUCAGUGUAGGCAGAGCUUCACACCGAGGCCUGUCCUGAGGAAAAACACCAUGUUAGCAGAUUUGGUGGAGGAACUGAAGAAGACUGGACUCCAAGCUGCUCCUGCUGAUCACUGCUAUGCUGGAGCUGAAGAUGUGGACCAACAUAAAGGCCACGACACAGUGUCAGCUGCAGCAGAAAGGACAGGAGUCAGAGAUAAACUACAGGACGCUCUGAGGGACACAUGGACAAACGUCUCACUGACAGGGACUGAAGUGGAUGUUUUACUGCCACAACCAGAGCCCAAGACCAGAGCUGAGUUCUUCAGAUAUUCACGUCACAUCACACUGGAUCCAAACACAGCAAACACUUAUCUGUUAUUAUCUGAGGGGAACAGGAAAGUGACAGUAAUGAUACAACAACAGUCUUAUUCCAAACACCCAGACAGAUUCACCGUAUGGUCUCAGGUCCUGAGUAGAGAGAGUCUGACUGGACGUUGUUACUGGGAGGUGGAGCGAAGAGGAGGAGUUUAUGUAGCAGUCGCAUACAAGAAUAUCAGCAGAGCAGGUUUAUUUGGACACAAUGACGAAUCUUGGGCGUUAAUUUCUAACAGUUACAGUUAUAAGUUUUGUCACAACAAAGUCCAAACUCGUGUCUCAGGUCCUCGGUCCUCCAGAGUAGGAGUGUACCUGGAUCACAGUGCAGGUAUUCUGUCCUUCUACAGCGUCUCUGAAACCAUGACUCUCCUCCACAGAGUCCAGACCACAUUCACUCAGCCUCUCUAUGCUGGACUUUGCCUUUAUUAUCGUGGUUCCACAGCUGAGUUGUGUCAAGUCAGUAGUCUGAUAGUCUGAAGUCAUUUAAGGGUUAAACUCUGUGUUUGGUCUCCAUGUUUGUUGCUGGCGUUUCUUCACUGCACACAGAUCAGCUGUCAGUCAAACAUUGUGGGCGGGACUUUGACAUCUUCUCCUGAGUUGUUGUGUAAAUGUUUGAGUGUGUGUAGGUGGCGCUCCUUCCUGUGUGUGUCACCUCCUUUAUCCUCCACACUUUGUUCUCUUUGUGUUCAUCUGUAAAGAAAUCUAGAAUCACAUUUAUUUGUUUGGCAGACCAAAUGUUGUUGUUGUUGUUGUUAUGAGGUUUUAUAGAAGUGUAAUGAUCCUGAUCAUAAUCAAUAAGGACAUCAUUCAUUAUUGUCUUGUACACAGCUGAGAUUCUUGUGUGGAUGAAGUGAAUCUGAGCAUGAAAUCACUGAACAAGAGUCAUUUAAUAGUGUUUGCUUUCUGUUGUUGUGUCCAUGAACAUCAAAUAAAUUUGGAUGCAGAUCAUAA